UCCUCUUUUUCUUCGUUUAUCACCUAAAUGAUUAGUGCGAGAUAUGGCAGAAUUGGCCUAUUAGUAUUAUUACCGAUAUGUUUAAUACUCAUGCUAUACUACGGUGUACAAAAUAACACUGGCUACAAGAGAAAGCAAAACGACUAUCCCGCAUAUGAGUACGAUUAUGCUGGACAAGACGCCAACAUCAAGCGAGAAAAUGCCGCGUUUGUGGUGCUAGCUAGAAACUCGGAUUUAAACGGAUUGCGUGAAUCCAUGCAAAUGAUGGAAGACCGCUUCAAUCACAAGUUUCAUUACCCUUGGGUCUUUCUAAAUAACGACCCAUUUGACGACAAGUUUAAAGAAUGGACAACAGGCCUGGCUUCUGGAAAGACUUAUUACGGUGAAUUAACAAAGGAAAUGUGGGGUUACCCCGAGUGGAUUGAUCAAGAAAAAGCAAGAGAGUCAAGAGCUAAAAUGGAGGCCGAGGAAGUCAUUUACGGUGGUAUGGAAUCUUAUCGACACAUGUGCAGAUUCCAGAGCGGUUUCUUUUUCAGACACCCUCUCAUGGAUCAAUUCGAUUACUACUGGAGAGUUGAACCUGACGUUAAAUUUACUUGCGAUAUUGAUUAUGAUCCAUUUAAAGUGAUGAAGGAUAAGGAUUUGAAAUAUGGAUUUGCCAUCUCACUCAAGGAAUAUGAAAACACAAUCCCCACCUUAUGGGAGACCACCAAAGAUUUCAUGAAAAAAUAUCCUCAACAUAUUGUACCUGCUAACGAUACCGAAAGUUUGAUGAGUUGGGUAACAAAUGACGGUGGUGAAACUUACAACUUGUGUCAUUUCUGGAGUAACUUUGAAAUUGGCAACUUGGCCUUUCUUCGUUCUCAAAAAUACAUCGAUUACUUUAAUCAUCUGGAUAAAGCCGGUGGUUUCUUUUAUGAGCGAUGGGGUGAUGCACCUGUUCAUAGUAUCGCUGCCGCUCUCAUGCUAAAGAAAUCAGAGGUGCAUUUCUUCUACGAUAUUGGUUAUUAUCAUAAUCCUUUCAAAAACUGUCCUAGUGAACCAGGAUGGUUAGCUGCUGAGAAAUGCAGUUGUGAUCCUCAAGAUAGUAUGGAUAAUCAUUGGUGGAGUUGUACGCCUCAAUUCCUUGAUCUUGUGGGUAAACAAAAGACGGAUUUUCUGAUUACCCAAAGGUAUUAGAAUAAAUGGGGGGGUAAACUAUCCUGACUUAUAUACGUAAGCAGUGUUUCGUUUAAAUUAUCGCUAUAAAAUAUAACUUUUUUAAUCACAAAAAUUACUUCAUGUUUACCUAAUAUAUUUUACCUGGCACAUAUGACGAAUUUCUUUAGAGUAGCUUCGGAAAGUAGCGGACGAACUAGUCUAAAAAUCACGGUUCCCCAUUUUGGAAUAUUGACAAAGAGUUUAGUAGACUUGAAGCAAUAAAUUUAGUAUCACUAGUAAGAAACACUUGAAGCGCAGGUGUGAAUAUUUACCAAAAACUCAGGGUAAUUAUCUUGCAGUAAUUUAAUAAUUGUGUUUAUUGCCUGUUUGGCAUUAGCCGUACGUCCAAAAAUUGACACGCCUUUAUAAUCAUGCACUUGGACCAUGGAAUCUAU